CUCAAAAGGAGAUUGAGGACCUACCAACUAAAUUGGAGAUCCUCAAAAAUAAACAAAAACAGCUUAUACGAUCUAUAAAAAGAAAAUCAAUAUUAGAGAAGGAACGCUUGACUCAAGACAUGGAAUCAAGGUUGAUGCCUGCAGGGAUGGGUUUGCUGUGAUAGAAAAGUUGGAUGAGGAAGAACACGUACAGCGCGUUCAGGAACACGCGCCUAGAGGAGCAGCUGCGCGAGAUGGGUGUGGAGGAGGUGAUCGUCACGGGUGUCAUGACUAACCUCUGCUGCGAGACGACGGCGCGUGAGGCUUUCAUCAGGGGGUUUAGGGUCUUCUCCUCCACCGACGCGCUUGCCACGUCGGAUUUGGAGCUGCACGAGGCCACGCUCAAGAACUUGGCAUAUGGCUUCGCUUACUUUGUUGAUUGCAAAAGGCUUCGAGAGGGGCUCUUUGGGAAUCAACGAAAGAAGAUUGAGAUAGCCCUUGUAUAGUUGCGAAAAGAUGAAAGAAAAUAAUUGAAGGCUUCGAUCUUGAUUAGUUCAAUAGUGGCUGGGAUUAAUUAUGUUUUCCUAGAAAGGUAUGAAUUAGAUCCAUGAUAUCAAGCAAGAGUGAGGGACUAAAAAACAAAAGUUUUCUCCUUGUUUUGGAAAACUUGAGGGUCCAUUUGAUAAGAGAGUUUGAUUUUCAAUAAUGUUUGAUGAGAGAUUUCCAUAACGUUAUUGUUUUGUGAAAAUUAGUCUGGGUAAAAAAGUGUGUGAAAAUAUGGUUAAUAUU